AUGCCGCCCUACAGCAGCUCCAACUUCCGUCCCUCCCUGGACCCCAUCGCCGAGUCCUGCUCCCUCCACCUUGACAAGGGAAAAGAUGCCAACCGGCGCAUCGCGCCCCAACCCGACGACGCACCAGAGAACCCCCGCAACUGCCGCUUCCGACACAACAACACCACACACGAGACCAAACCCCACGCGACGUCAGUAGACCUGCACCGUCUCAUGAUGGCCGACGUCCCGAGCCCCGAGGUCGCCGACCAACAACACCAAGCUCCCGUCGCUCCCGGUGCUGCCUCCCUGUCAUCAUCGCAGACCCAAAAGACGACCGACGCCAAACCUGCGCCCGCGGUAGAAACCGUCGUCACAGACACCGCCGCCGACCCGCAGCAGCAACAACAGCCCGCAGAAGACCACCAACCCUCCGACGCCCCCGCGACCCCGAAGCUCGACCCGGCCGGCUUCUUCACCCUCGUCUCCAACGCUAGCACGAACACGACGCACCACCCGACCGUGCGGUACAUCUUCGCCGACGACGACCCGGACGUGCUCACCUCCGCGCUCGCGGCGCAGCACGCCGCGAACCAGGCCUCGUCCUCGUCCUCCUCGGCAGCAGCGGCGGGAACUCCGACGAACAACCGCGCGAUUUUGUUGGAUGUCGUCCCUGGCGAGGAUGGACGGUGGACGGUGGCUUCGGCGGCGAGUUUGAGCGCGGAUUUUGCGGUGACGCAGGCGAGUAUUGAGCGCCAGGAGGGGGAGAAGGAGGGGGGCGGGAUGGUGUUGAAGAUUGAUGGCGUCGAGGGCGAGGGUGCUGGCGUUGGUGGGGGUGCGGAUAAGGCGGAGAGUCUGCCGAGUUCGAAUAGUGCGGUGGCUAAAUCUGGCAGGGAGGAGUACGGGCCUUUGUUGGAGGACUUCGAGAGGAAGAUGAGUGUGUUGAGGAAGGUUGUCAAGGCUGGGGAGGGGAGGGCUGAGAAGGCGCGGGAGACGAAGGGUGCUGGCGAGGAGGGGAAGGGGGAUGAGCAGGAGUGA